CUGACAUGGAUGAGGCUUGACUCCACUCCAUAUUUUGUUUCUCGCUCAGCCUCGCCAGUAUAUCUGAUCUGAACACCGCGCGCUCCUCUCCACACAGCAUUUCCACUCCAGCACAGCGACCAGAAGCUUCGUCUGUCUGACAGAAGUUGAGUCAACACGCUGGGAAACGUGCCUCCUGGAUUUAUCUGGCACCUCCACACUCACUGUCUUUUUUUUGUGCAGCUCCGGGGGACUUUUCCUUAUCAUUGUCGCUUACCGUCGACCCCGUUCUGCUCUUGGACAUGUGUUUAUAUUGGCACUAAUAGUUGAGUUGCAACCAUUAACCGCCCGGUCAUUAAGUACCUGCAGAUCUGCUGCAGGGGAGUUUCAGCAGCACGCGGGACCCUACAGAGAAUAAGGAUAUUCUCACAACGUGAACAAUGCUCAGAAUACAGACUAUCAUUUGCACUUUUUCUGUGCUGUCUGUUGCAGCCAGAGCUGAUUUUAAAGCGCGGAAUUGCAGCGAGGUGAGGGAGGCUUGCACCGGGAGAGGCUUCAGCUUCGCGCAUGUUCCUCUUCAGGAGAUCCCAGGUGAGCACCUUCGUGUGUGUCCCCAGGGAAGCACAUGUUGCACCCAGGAAAUGGAGGACAAAUUCGGCCAACAGAGCAAACUGGACUUUGAGAUUCUGGUUGAUGAAAUGAGCCAUGAGUUACGAAGCACUUUUGUUUCCAGACAUAAAAGAUUUGAUGAAUUUUUCCUGGAGUUGCUGGAGAACACGGAGAGGUCCCUGAACGAGAUGUUUGUGAGGACUUAUGGCAAGCCUUACAUGCAGAACUCAGAGGUCUUUGAGAACCUGUUUGCAGAGCUGAAGCGCUAUUACACGGGAGGAAACGUUAACCUGGAGGAAAUGCUUAAUGACUUUUGGUCGCGGCUACUGGAGCGCAUGUUCACGCUGCUCAACUCCCAGUAUGUCAUCACCGAGGACUAUCUGGAGUGUAUCAGCAAGUACACGGAAGAGCUGAAGCCCUUUGGAGACGUGCCCAGGAAGCUCAAGGCUCAGGUUACCCGGGCAUUCAUCGCUGCACGCACAUUUGUCCAGGGGCUCUCUGUGGGCCGGGAGGUUGCCCAGAGAGUGUCUAAGGUAAGCAGCACUCCAGCAUGUAUCCGAGCACUGACCAAGCUGCUGUACUGCCCCUUUUGUCAGGGCAUGCCAGCAGUUAAAUCCUGUAAGAACUACUGCCUGAACGUCAUGAAGGGCUGCUUAGCCAAUCAAGCUGAUCUGGACCCUGAGUGGAACCUGUACAUUGAUGCCAUGCUGCUGGUGGCACAGAGGCUGGAGGGACCUUUCAACAUUGAAUCUGUCAUGGAGCCUAUUGAUGUGAAGAUUUCAGAGGCCAUCAUGAAUAUGCAAGAUAACAGUGCCCAGGUCUCCUACAGGGUCUUUCAAGGCUGCGGCCAGCUAAAACCCGCAGGAAUGACUAGGUCUGCCCGCGGUGUUUCGGAUGUGUUCAACGCUCGCUUCAAGCCGUACAGCCCAGAGGAGCGGCCGACCACUGCAGCUGGCACGAGCCUGGACAGACUGGUGGUUGACAUAAAAGAGAAACUGAAGCUGUCAAAGAAAUUUUGGUCCAACCUGCCUGAGGCGAUGUGCGUGGAGGACAGAGUGACCGCUGGAAAUGCCAGCGAUGAGGACUGCUGGAACGGACACACUAAGGGCAGGUACUUCCCUGAAGUCCAAAAGGAUGGACUCACAAACCAGGUGAAUAACCCAGAGAUGGUUGUGGACAUCACCCGCCCAGACACCUUCAUCCGCCAGCAGAUCAUGGCUCUGCGGGUGAUGACAAACAAGUUAAAAAACGCCUACAACGGCAAUGACAUCUACUUUCAAGACUCAAGUGAUGAAGGCAGUGGGUCAGGCAGCGGCAGUGGCUGCACAGACGUCUGCCCCACAGACACGGACGAUGCCGCCACUGAAGCCCCGGUGGUGGAAGCCGACCGCAGCGGGCCCGUGGAUGAUUCUGCCCCGCUCCGUGCUCCCUCUGUAGCCCUGCCAACCAUGCUGGCCCUCUCAGCCCUGGCACUCCACCGACAAUGGAGAUAAUGCUGGAGGAACCAGCUAAACAUGGACAGCAGGGUUCUUUUUUUUCAUUUUUGCAGUUUUUGUAUUCAGGCAGAUUGGAGCUACAGUCGAGCAGACAGUAUCCAGGCUGCCGGCCUCACAGCUAGAAGAGUCUGCUCUGAAAAAAGAGAGCAGUCAUGCAUCACGAUUUCCCACUUUCCCAAAGAUCGUACAGUGCCAUUCUUAGACUUGAUAUUUUACGGCAUCACUCCUCCAUCUAAACCUGAUGCCGGCCCCACAAACUCUGCUUCAGAGAUGUCUUGCACAUAUGGCAGGUGUUAAUGUAGGUCUCCAUGUGGAAAUUUAUAACACGCACUUUGAUUGUUUUGAGUUUUUUAAUGCAAAAAACUGUUUGUGUGUUUAAAAAUGUUGAGAAUGUGGUUAUUUGAUGCAUCAAAAAGAGGCACUUGAUAACUUUUAAUAUAUGUUUAACAGGAUAUUUUGAGAAAUAUAUAAAGGGUGAUGAUCUUAAAGGGGAAAAUUCAGGAACAUGAGGUUUCACCAUUUCAUUUUAAUUGAAUCCAUUGUCUCCAUUGUCAUUAAAUCAUGUGCCAAUCAUUGAUUUUUGGUUAUAAGAAAUAUCAUUAUAUUCUGAUAUUUAUCUGAGUUGUCAUAAAUCCAUGCAGGCUUUAAACAUGUCUUCAUUAUCAGUUAAUAUUUCUCUGGGUCUGCUCAUAGUUAUCCACUUUAACUGUUUAACAGCCGCCUUGUGCUAAAACUCACAUUUUGUAAAAAAGGAAAUGAAAGUUUAGACCGGCUUUUUUUAUUAUGCAUUUGCCUUGCAACAAAUUUAUAAUCUGCAAAUUGUUUGUAUAUCAUGCUGGUUUCUCAGGCUCGGCUUCAGGAGCAGACAGCCUGGACUGAAUUAACAUGGAGCAAUGACCGACAUAAAAGAAAGAGGGGCAUCACUUUACAGAGAUGCCAGCAGAGGAAUGGUGGUUCUGUAGUGUUUUGGGGUGCAGGUCCUGAUCUCUAAUUUGUUUAUGCUAGAGAUGGAUGAUAAUCUUAAGUAAUGUGUUAAAGUAAAUAAAUUCUUUAACAGAAAGGGUUUAAAGAGGUGCGAUGUUACCCAAUGUGUCUCCAUCUUACCACUAAAUAGCAUCUGAAACCUGUGUGCCAAGUCAAUAAAUAAGGGUAUAUACAAAUUGUAUUUCUCACAGAUAUCCAAACUACUCGUAAAACAUAGUGCAAUUUUAUUAUAGAGCCUUAUAAAGGACACACUAACAGGGACAUCACCCAAUGGUAUACAUGGACAUGGACCACAAUUCAAUAUAGAACCACUAUCACUGAGGAAAGUCUUGUGCUGCUGUAAUGUUGAUGUGAAUUAACUGUAAUUAGAGCUUAUAAAAUUCCCUCUUGCAUUAUUUUGUCUUUGAAGAAGUAUAAAUUAUUUUAUUCCCAGGAUUCCUUUAUUUGCACAAACAGGGAUGAAUGGAACAAAACAAAGGUGGCACUUUGGUAUAUGUAGUUUUUAGCCAAAGCUUAUCAAACUACAUUCACAGUUUGAAUAAACUAGUCAUUAAAAUGUGCAAUGUAGUGAUUGAAAAAGCUACAAAGCUGAAAUACUAGUGAAUAGUAUUAAAAAGUGAAUUAAAAAGUAGAUUUUUGUAUUUCUAUUUUAUCACCACAGUUCCGUAAAAGGUGCAGGACUUAUUAAAAAAGAAGUGGCAAACAGCACACGGUGGUUACUGGAAAUGCAAAGAAAAGGCACCUAAAUUUAUCUGUAAAGCUUGAAUGGUUGUGUCUGCAGCACAGACAGGCUUGAAGCCAACCACAGUCACCUGUGAAAUGAGAAUCUGUGGAGACCGGACAGGCCUGAAUGCUCUGCUGAAGCUCCUCAGUAGAGCGUACUUACAGAGAAUGUGAGAGGCCUGGCACUGCUGAGGAGGGCGGACAAAAAACAGCCGCUAUGUACGUCCACUGUUCUCUGAGAGCCCGUCAGCCCCAUAGCCACCGGGCCAGCUAAGCUUACAUAUCCACGGAAUUAACCAGUGUUACGCCCUUAGCAGUAUAUACAUGAAUAUGUGUUGAGCUUUUUUUAAUUGUUACACUCAUGACAGCUUUUUCAUCAGCAUUGCAAGAAGAAGAGGUGAUGUGUCAAAUGUGUCAUUUAAAAUGAUUCUUUAUUAUGAAUAAUGAUCUUACAGGAUGCCCUUUUUAUGUUUUGUAUCAUUGAACUUUUCAUGGUAAUAUUUUUGCAAUAAAAUAUUGAAAAUAGAUGUCUGUUCGGACAAAUUACCUAUAAAAUAGAAGUAGCAGGAAACGCUGUAAGACAACAUUUUUUACAAUCAAAGCAUUGCAGUAUGAGGUCAAAUCCUAAUGAGGUAAAGUUAGUUACAUGUUUGAAUUUGAAUUCAAACCAAGAGGGCAGAGGAAGUAGUACAGAAAAUAUGCCUUAUUGUUUUUCAGUGCAAUUAAGAUGAUUACAUUUGUGUUUUGUUACUGUUCUUGACAAUAAAUAUUUAUUAAAAACA